AUCACACACCAGACAGUAAGGUAUAAAACGAGACUCCUUUUCCACAUUAACGUAUAAUUGUGGCUGAGUUCUUAGUGCUGUAUUCUAAAAUUUACUCAGAAAGUAUUCUCCUGAAUUCUGCGAACAGCAAAUCGAAACAAACAUGAUUAAAGUACAGAAAUAUACAACAGCUACGGGACACAUUAUACAAAUGCCGGCUCCAGGAUUCACAAAUAUGAAAUCCUCCGACAAGUACAAAUAUAAAAACCUUCAACAACUAAAGGAAAUGUUACGUAAGCGUCACCUUCCAAUCGGUGGAAAUAAAAAUGAGUUGGUUGAAAGAUUGAAGUUAUCAGAUCUCAAUGUUUCAGAGUUAAAAAUUAAACUUAAGAAGGAAGGUCUCCCGGUUAAUGGUUCCAAACCCGAUUUGGUAAAGCGACUUCUGAAGGUCAAGGGGCAGCGUGCAGAGAACUAUGAUCAAAUUCAAGAUAAUAAUGGUACACCUAAGCCAGUUAAGCCGUCGGGUAAUCCAUGGAAGGUUCCGCUAUCGAUGAAAUGUGGUGGGUGUGAUCAGAGCGUUCCUAACAGUGAUAAGUUAUCUCAUCUUGACGGCUGUUGGUUUACAAAUGGUGGUCCAUCUGAUGUGUAUAUAUUACAUGCUCGAAGUGUCAACUGGGCUGAGAAAUUCGAACUGUAUCUGGCCGUUCCAUUAGAUGCAUCGUUUGAAGACAUUGAUUUAUUACUUCGAUUUACCUGGAUGCAAUGUUGUUUUGGUCAUGCACGUUCUUUGGAUAUAUAUGCUGCCAAUGCAUUUACCAACCUAAAGGACACCGAUGAUGACCCUGACCCCGUAAUGACACUGACGUCAACUUAUGGACUUAUGGACGAUGACGACAUAGGUCCUUUGGAUACUCCAUUACGUCAGUAUCUUCAAGAUGGCGUACGAAUGAUGUAUGAAUAUGGCGGAGACUACACUACAUCGAUAUUUGUAGAUUAUAUAGGUGAACGACGUCUAAAACGCCCUCUACAGCAAGAGAAAGCUAAUACCAAGAUCAUUCGUCCCGUGAUGAGAAAUGAGAUGCUGGUCAUGCCGUGUGAGCAUUGUUAUAAGAAAUCAACGAUGUUUUUCAUAGAUGAUAGUCCCUAUGACAGCGACGACAGCGAUGAGGACAGUUUCAACGAAGAUGGAGAUGACUGCGGGAUGAAGUUUUUCUGUUCAAAAGCAUGUUCAGUAUAUCAGGGUCAUCGUGGAAGAGUUUUGAAACUGUUUCUCAACUCACCGAGAUCGGGAAUUUGUACAUACACAGGAAAAAAUUACUUUGAUUAGUAGAUUUUACCUGAGUUUAAACACAUGGUGUCAUUUAUUCAAGCAAUGUCGACCAAUGAUUGUAAUGGUUCAUCACAAUACUGUGCUAUCGUCACAGAACUUUGUGCCAUUAUUCGAACUCACCAAGAUUGAGAAUUUGUACAUACAGAGGCCAAAACUACUUCUGAUUUGUAACCG